CAUGAGAUUCGCGUCUGAGCUAUGAUGGUUAGAGGUCAAUCAUGAUCAAUUCUGAGCUAGCGGGUCGACUUACAUCCUUCUGCGAGGGCGGUCACGGGGGGGCUCCGAGGCUCAAUGGGAGCAAGAAGUCUGCGGAAGGAGCUGCCCUAUGUGAUCCUACUGUCGAGAGAUCUGACGGACGAGCAAGAUCUGUACUUCCAAUACAUUGCAUAAUCUCGGAGUCAGUACUAUUGCCAGCGCUGAACUGAAUCUCAGUGCAACGAAGGGGAAACUUCUUAGACCUAUCCGUUGUCC